UCUGUGUUAUGGAGACAUUAUAAAUGAUUGCAUUCUUAAAUAGUCAUCAUCAAAGGAUUUGGUAAACUCAAUCAUUUGCAUCUCUAGAUUGAAAGCAACAUGCAGGGAGCUUAGAUUACUACGUGUUAUCGAUAUUUGCAUCAACUAUUGUCUUUGCAUUGGGGACAUUGUAAACUAUUAUGGUAAUAUUGUAUUCAGAUGCUUGACUUCUCCACGCAUAAAUUAUUCAAAUAAGCUUUCUCUUGUUUUUUUUCUACUGUGGGAGUACAAUGCUUUUCCUGUUCUACAUCCCAAAUAAAUGCAUUAUUCCGAGCUGAAGCCAGCUGGUGGAGAGUGCCUAUUUACAAGCUACAGUUCCUUGGAGGAAUAGAAAGUGGACAUGAUAAGGCGUCUUGGUAUAACUCCAAAAGAAUUCACAGCGCUUUGUCCCCAGAUGUGAAUACUUUAAAGUUAGUAGGCUAAACAGAACACGUAUUUGAUGUGUUACAGUCGACUGUGUGUGGAUCACCGGAUCUUUAGUGACAAAAAGUUGAGACGGUUGACAGUAAAACAAUAGUAGACAUUCUCUGCGCCUUGCGCAGCUUGGAACAGUUAGUACAGACGUGUAGCCAACAGUCCAGGUGAGCGUUUUGGAAAUGGAGCGAAACAAUGAAACAUUUUCUCUUUGGAAGUUUAUUCUUUUUCGUAUCGGCACUCGAUUAUAAAUGUAAUGGGAAUACAAACGGACAUAGCAAGCCAACCACGAGUGUCGAGAAACAUGGCUUGCGUUACCAUUUUCCAUGCGUAAUGGGCAAAUAACACCAGCUAGAAAGAAGCACCAUAUUUUACAGGGCCGUGGACAGCGGUAGUGAUGAUUUCAGCUGGUGGAGUGAUUACGGGCCACCUUGCUGCACUGAAGAGGCAGGACUCGGCCCGCUCCCAACACCACCUGCCCAUCCAGUCCCCAGCCCCAGGAGAGGCCCAGGAGAAGAGGAGGGCCAAGCGUAAACCCAGAGCUGACGUAGUGGUGGUCAGGGGAAAGAUCCGCCUCUACUCUGCUUCUGGGUUCUUCCUCAUCCUAGGUGUAUUGAUCCUGCUGAUGGGCAUCGCCAUGGCCGUGCUGGGCUACUGGCCACACAGAGAGGAUCUCGUAGCGGCCAACGCCAAGCUAUCCACCAACGACACUAGGGUGACCCGGGAGGAAAGCGGUACACUGGCCCAGUUCUUUGAGCAGCACCUGCACUCUGAGAAGAUGAAGAUGCUGGGCCCCUUCACCAUGGGUAUCGGUAUCUUCAUCUUCAUCUGUGCCAAUGCCAUCCUGCAUGAAAACAGGGACCGGGAGACCAAGGUGAUCCACAUGAGAGACAUGUACUCCACCGUCAUCGACAUCCACAGCCUGCGGAUCAAAGAGCACAAGUACAUGAACGGGGCCUACUCCGGCUCUUAUGGGGAGCAUGAGGUCAGGACCUAUGAGAACCAGUGUGCCUCCAAGCUUGCUGCUAACACCCUGCUAGGGUUCCCCAGCAUGGGGAACAAUGUGAGGGUGUCUCGCAGGGCCAGCUCUACGGAGGACGAGGAGGGCCUUCUCAACGAGGCCAAAGGGGGGCAUGGUCUCCUGCCUUCACUCUACAGAGAGCGCUCUGGCUCCAUCUUUGGUCUGCAGCAUGAGGGCAGCCGCCACAGGGACGAAAAGAGCAGCUUCACCAAGAGAUGCCAGACCAGGUCAAUCGUCUCGUCCUCGAUCAGCGCUUUCACCCUGCCCGUUAUCAAGCUCAACAACUGUGUGAUCGACGAGCCUGACAUGGACAACAUCACAGAGGACCUGGAACACAUUCGGGUUAGGUCCCGACCCCCCUCUGUGGAGUCCCUGGCUGUGCCUGCCCCGGCGGACAUUGCCAAAGCCUACAAACCUCCCGACGUCAUGCUCCUCAGGAGUAACUCAGCCACAGAGUCCCACUCCUUCUCGUCCUCUCAUAGCUCUCUGUCCCCAGGCUCUGCCAGUGGGAGGUACCUGUCCCCCGGGACUGCCCGCAAGGACUUCGGCUCCAACAACUCCCUCCACAUGCUGUCUUCUCACUCUAAGUCUCUGGACCUGGAUCGAAGGCCCACCACCCUAACAGUGAAGCCAGAGCAGAGGAAACAUCCCAGCUGGCCCCGGCUGGACCGCAGCAAUAGUAAAGGCUACAUGAAGCUGGAGAACAAGGAGGAUCCUAUGGACAGACUGCAGCUGCCCCAGGUAGCAGUCAAACAGGAUUACACCAAGAAAGAGAAACUGCUCAUGAUCUCCAGGUCUCACAAUAACCUCAGCUUUGAACACGAUAAGCAGUUCAUGAGCAACACUAUGAAACGAGGGAGCUCUGAGACCAGGUUUUAAAUGGAACUCUAGCUGUUCCCUGUCAGUGUUGCUUAGUAAAUUGUAAGUGUGAUCACAUGUUGUUUUGGGAUGGAGCUCUCAGGUAGUCCGUCUGUUUGCAGUCUAAAGAAAGAGUGGCUGUGUUACGUGUGUGAGAUAUUUGCAGCACAAAUCAAUUCAUAAAUGUUUUCAAAUUAGGUUUAAAGUGAACUUAGACGUACAGAAACCUACACCAUUAACUUGUGGUUUGUUUUUUUCUUGUCACAUUUCUAUAAUCUUUGUGUUGUUGUAACACGCUGUACUUUUUGUUCAAACCGGUCAGUGUACGUACAAGAGUUGUUUAGAUAUUUUGCUAUGGAGCUUUUAAUAAUGUAAUUGUUCUCAACACACACUGCUAUUUUUUUAAGGAAAAAGGAGUCAAAUUGACAAUUGACACAUUUCUCAGAAUAAAAUGAAGCUUUUUAAUGAGUAAUAUUUGUCUUUGAUGAUAGCCUAUACUAUUUUGUUCUCCCCAGCCUUGGAAAUGUGCUAUGUGUUCACAGAAAAGUAUUUAACCUUGCCUUAGUAGAUGUAUUUUAAACACAAAGAUAGAAUCAAUACUAUAAACAGUACAGAGUAUUUCUGCUCGCAUCUGUUUGUCUGAUAUUCAUUUCGUCUCUUGAAUUCUGAGAGUGAAUGAACUAAGAAAUUCUCCUAACAUUUGUUUUCUCGCCCCACAAACUUUGGUUGUGAAGGGAAAAUAUUUUAUCUUUGGAAGCAAGGAAGCAUUCCCAUGUUGAACAAUAGGAGAUCUGGGAGUAUCGAAUUGGGAGCUGCCAGAGUAGAGAGGAGUCUCAUAAGAUGGUUCCAUCUGGAGGGGCAGUGAACCAAGAUGUGUGUGACUUCCAGGAAGCCUGAUAUUUAAACAAGGUUUGCACAUUGUCAAUACGAACAGGAGAAACUGUGCCGUGUGCAUGUUCAGGAUUUGAUAUAUUUUCCAUGUUUUCUUUUGCUGAAAUGUCUAUCUGACUGCAAUUAGAAAGACAUUGGAUUGAAUAUUUUUGUGUCCCCUAUUUGUUAUCUGUAAGAGGUGGUAUUUUGUGAAAACAGCAAUCAAUGACACAUUGGUUGUCUGGGUGCAAGUCUAUUUUGGACAGGUGGAGUGGUGUGAAUUCCAAUCCGCCACUCAUAGUCUUCAACAAUACACCCUCUGCCUUGCCGAUUUGGUCUGCUAUUGCUAUGCUCUUUUAGCAUGGGUAGACUAUUCACAAUAUAUCAUCGUCCCAUAAGCCACUUCUAAAAUAAUAAGGUAAUAUCAUCCCACUGAGCACACACUGGUUAAAUCAACGUUGUUUCCACGUAAUUUCAAUGAAAUUAUGUCAAACCAACGUGGAAUAGACAUGGAAUUCUCUGUGCCCAGUGGGAUAUGGAUGAAGCAUUGGCUAAUCCUCUGAUGUUCUAAAGUAGUGAAUGUUACUUCAUGCAAAGUAAUAAAGAGUAUCUCUUGCUUUGAUUUUGUACAUUUGUGUAGAAUAUCGUGGCAUAUAUUGGCUACUGUCCACACAACUCCCACUCCGAUACUCAUCCUAAACAGAAAAAGGUUACAGAUAAAGUUGGAGAUUUGGAUUUGUGAAGGAAGAUCAAGUUUGACUUCGGAUUUGAGAAGGAAGAUAAAGUUUGACUGAGUCCAUCUGUAGAGUUAGCAUCAAAGCAAAUGACAUUGCGGCUUCAAAGAACAAUCAACAAACCAAAGAAGCCAAUAUCUAUUUCAGCAUAAAUAUUAUAUCAAAAGAAACAAAAAGUACUUCGUUGUCAGUUCUGCCUCAUUGCUAGAUCCUCCCACCGCUGCUCCUUGGGGACUCCCCCGUCACUGACUGCAAAUGACCUUGGCGGAGCAGGGCAGGCCAGGGUUAAUUGGUAGGAGCUGAGAGAUGCCUUGGGGUUUGGACCUCGCUCACUCACCAGGGGAAUGGGAGCGUUGGGUGAGACCCUGGCCUUCGGGAUGCUAUUCUAGCUCAUUAGGACGUCAAUCUGCAACACAUUUCCGGCAGGGGUUUGGGACCCCCUCUGACUGCCAUGGCAACAAAGGCACCCUCAGUAUUUAAACCCAAAUGCAGCUAGGCAGCUGCUUCAGGCACGCGACAAAAGAGAGCAGCAAAGGAUCAUAAGAGAAAAACAUGAAUAUGAUAAAGAUGGCUUAAAAUGUCAUUGAUCCAGUAAGACAGUAUCUUGAAAUGUGGAUGUAUUCUUUAUUCAGUUAUUCAACUUUUGAUAAAACUGCUACUUAGCCAAACUAAUAAGCAAGCUAAGACUGUUCCUUGCCUCUGUCUACUAAUUGGCUUACCUUCUGUGAACUUCAGCACCUUGUUAUUGUCCUUCAUGUUUUAGGAAACUCCGCCAUUAGGCUGCAUCCAAGGUCACUCAGGGGCAUUUACACUCCUAUUAAUAAUGUCUUGACUGAGUCACAUGGCCUAUUACUCCCCAUCCUCAUUUUCCAAGAGGCGUGUUGGUAAACCAUAGAGUGUGGCCUAUCCUGUCCACACUAAGCUGAGGGUGUCGGGUGAGUCAAUGCUGGAGGUCUCGGGGGACUCGACCGUCUCCUGAGGUCCACCUACUUCACAUUCUAAACCAUUGCAGUGAAAUCAAUGACCCACCCUCCUGUCACUAUCUCUGAAGGCACCUCAAUGUUCAGGGGUCACGUCGUGUUUCAGUGAAAUGCCAUAAUGAGUGCUUGAUUGUGCCAAGAGUAGCCUAUGAAUCAUUGUAGGCAGAGUAAAUGUUUCAUAUUGCUUUUAAACACUGUAUUGAUUGAGAAAAUGCCUGUAAGAGCUGGUUAUACAGUUUGACUACAUAAUGGCCUUUAAGGGAGGGACUUCUUUGUCAGUGGCUACUGCUGUGCUGUGAAUGGGCUGAGAUUGUCAUUGUUACCGGGUCCGUGCAUAGCAAUCAAUGACAAGAAAUAACGUGUCCUGUCAAGUGUUGUGUUUUUGGCAUCAUUAAAGUGAAGACUUAUUUUA